CAUGGAGGACAAUAGCAAGGAGGUCAACACAGGCUGGUAAGACCAGAGACUGCAGGAAGAUUCUUUGACCGUGGGCCUUUGGGACUCUCCUCUAGUUGGAGUUCUGGACUUGGACAGAACUCCAUCCAGUCAUUUUGGUUUUGCUUUCUAUUUUUUUCUUUUUCAUUUCCCCACCACUUUGUAUUUGAUUUGUGUACUUCAGCAAUGGGCGUACAGACCACACAGUGGCCCAGCCAUGGGGCUUUUUUCCUGAAAUCUUGGCUUCUCAUUUCUCUGGGGCUCUCCUCACAAGUGUCGAAACUCCUGGGGUGCCCCAGUGUCUGCCGCUGCGACAGGAACUUUGUCUACUGUAACGAGCGAAGCUUGACCUCAGUGCCUCUUGGGAUCCCGGAGGGCGUAACCGUGCUCUACCUCCACAACAACCAAAUUAAUAAUGCUGGAUUUCCUGCAGAACUGCACAACGUGCAGUCAGUGCACACGGUCUACCUUUACGGCAACCAACUGGAUGAGUUCCCCAUGAACCUCCCCAAGAAUGUUCGAGUUCUCCAUUUGCAGGAAAACAACAUUCAGACCAUCUCACGGGCAGCCCUUGCUCAGCUCUUGAAGCUCGAAGAGCUACACCUGGAUGACAACUCUAUAUCCACAGUGGGGGUGGAAGACGGGGCCUUCCGGGAGGCUGUUAGCCUCAAGCUGUUGUUUCUGUCCAAGAAUCACCUGAGCAGCGUGCCUGUUGGGCUUCCUGUGGACUUGCAAGAGCUGAGAGUGGAUGAAAACCGAAUCGCUGUCAUAUCAGACAUGGCCUUUCAGAAUCUCACGAGCUUGGAGCGUCUGAUUGUGGACGGGAAUCUCCUGACUAACAAAGGCAUUGCCGAGGGCACCUUCAGCCAUCUCACCAAGCUCAAGGAAUUUUCAAUCGUAAGGAAUUCGCUCUCCCACCCCCCAUCUGACCUCCCAGGUACGCAUCUGCUCCGGCUGUAUCUGCAGGACAACCAGAUAAACCACAUCCCUCUGACGGCCUUUUCCAACCUCCGUAAGCUGGAGCGGUUGGAUAUAUCCAACAACCAGCUGCGUGUGCUGACUCAAGGGGUCUUUGACAAUCUCUCCAACCUGAAACAGCUCACUGCUCGGAAUAACCCUUGGUUUUGUGACUGCGGUAUUAAAUGGGUCACAGAAUGGCUCAAAUACAUCCCUUCAUCUCUCAACGUCCGAGGUUUCAUGUGCCAAGGUCCUGAGCAAGUCCGCGGGAUGGCUGUCAGGGAGCUGAACCUGAAUCUUUUGUCAUGCCCCACCACGACCCCCCGCCUGCCUGUCUUCACCUCAGCCCCAAGUACAGCUUCUCCAACAACUCAGCCACCCACACUCUCUGUCUUAACUCCUAGCAAAAGCUAUACACCUCCGACUCCUACCAGCUCGAAACUUCCCACUAUUCCCGACUGGGAUGGCAGAGAAAGAGCGACCCCGCCCAUUUCUGAACGGAUCCAGCUCUCUGUCCAUUUUGUGAAUGAUACAUCCAUUCAAGUCAGCUGGCUGUCUCUCUUUACUGUGAUGGCAUACAAACUCACCUGGGUGAAAAUGGGCCACAGUUUAGUUGGGGGCAUUGUUCAGGAACGCAUCGUCAGUGGGGAAAAGCAGCAUUUGAGCCUGGUUAACCUGGAGCCCAGGUCCACCUAUCGGAUUUGUUUAGUGCCACUGGAUGCUUUUAACUACCGAGCCGUAGAAGACACCAUUUGUUCCGAGGCCACCACCCACGCCUCCUAUUUGAACAAUGGCAGCAACACUGCUUCCAGCCACGAGCAAACGACCUCCCACAGCAUGGGUUCCCCUUUUCUGCUGGCGGGCCUGAUCGGAGGCGCAGUGAUAUUUGUGCUCGUGGUCUUGCUCAGCGUCUUUUGCUGGCACAUGCACAAAAAGGGGCGCUACACCUCCCAGAAGUGGAAAUACAACCGAGGCCGGCGGAAAGAUGACUACUGUGAGGCGGGCACCAAGAAGGACAACUCCAUCCUGGAGAUGACGGAAACCAGCUUUCAGAUCGUCUCCUUAAAUAACGAUCAGCUCCUUAAAGGAGAUUUCAGACUGCAGCCCAUUUACACCCCAAAUGGGGGCAUUAAUUACACAGACUGCCACAUCCCCAACAACAUUCGAUACUGCAACAGCAGUGUGCCAGACCUGGAGCACUGCCACACGUGACAGCCAAGGCCCCGUGGUCCACAGGCAGACAGUGAAACUCCCAAGAACACACACCCGUGUGCACAUAAAGACACGCCAAUUACAUUUGAUAAAUGUUACCCAGAUGCAUUUGUGCAUUUGAAUAGUCUGUAAUUUAUAUGGUGUACUAUAUAAUGGGAUUUAAAAAAAAAAGUGCUAUCUUUUCUAUUUCAAGUUAAUUACAAACAAUUUUGUAACUCUUUGCUUUUUAAAUCUUAAGAAAAUAUAUAGUUGCUGAAGUACUGUACAGGGUUGUACAAAGAGAACCCAACGCCAAGGCAAAAGAACGAGUGAUUCUUCCUUAUGAUGCACAUUAACCACUUUGCUGUUGAAGCUGUCAGAAUGAAUUCUUUUCCUAGAGCCGGUGGUCAGAUGAGAGGGCAGGUGAAAAUGGAUUCAUCAAGGUAGGCUAAAUAAAAGGGGUCAAAUAAAGAAGGACCGAGAUAUCUUCAUGCUAUUUCUAUACUUCCUGGUCUGGAAGAAAUGUAAAAAAAAAUAUCCAAACUAUAUAAGUAUGCAGGUAGUUACCCUCUUUUGACCCAAAACAGGAAAUGGAGAAAGCAUCACGAGGAAGUCAGUUCCUGUGAGAUAAGUUAAAAGCCUGGCAGAGCCAAAAACAUGAGAUGAAUUUUGGAAAGACCCUUAAGCCUGGGGGUUGGCAUUCUUACCAGGAACUUACAAAAUCACUCCUCAUGUUUCCCUGGCCCUUUGUGAUAACAGAGUUAGAGACCUGAGUCUGACAUUAGUCGUCUUCAGGGACAGGUCAAAUGUCCCAGCAAGAAAAUUCCCUUUAAAAGUGUUACUCUUCAAAAUUCUAUGUCAGGUUGAAUCACAUUCAACAGAGAUAUAUUCUAGAAUACUUUUUUUAGAAGAUGCUAAUAAAAAAUAAUGGGAAGAUUA